AUGAAGGAACCCAAUAGAGAAAAACCUCAACUGACUCAUAAACCGGAACUCGGACUCCAGCAGAAGAGUUACCUGCUACCUACUACAGAAAGUGAUGCUAGCCUAGAGAUGCCUUCCCCAAAAACUGCCCGACUCACCGAAACCAGAUCAGCGUACUUGAUGAAUAUGGAAGAGAUAGUACGGUUUCCUGAUCUUAAACCAGAAAAGCAGUUGACAUAUGCAACCCGACAACUGAUAGCGCGUGAAAUUGAACUUGAAAAAGUUCGAAGAGCAGAGCUGUAUUUUACAAAUCAAAAAACUAAAGAAGCAGAGAAAAUGAAGGCAUAUGCAGAUGAGAAAAAGAAAUCAUCUUCAGAUCCUGUACCAGUUGUAGUUCCCAAUCAUCUGCAGAAACUCAAAGCCAAACCUUUGCCAGAGGGUUCAGAUGGAAAGAAGGGAAGUGGAGUUUCCAAGGUGGUAGAUGUGGCUCAGGUCCCCAAGGAUUUCUUCGGACGGGUUAUUGACCGUCAGGCUCUCCAAGAAGACAAAAGUGCAACAAAUGAGAUUGUCAAAAGUGAUAUUUGGUUUAGAUUUAAAGAAGGUUACAGUAAUGCUGUCCGCAGGCCUGUUAAGAUGAAGGACUUGUUUUGAUAUAUACUUUUUUUAUUUGGUACAAAUGUUAUAUGAGGUAAAUUGCAUAUGAUUGAUAUUUAUAUGGAAUACAUUUCCUUUAUUAAUCCAUGGUAUGGAACUGUAGUGUACGAAAUAUGAGAAAAUUUAUAUUUUAAACAACCACUUCGCAGAGUAAAUUGGUAUUAUUACAGAUUGACCUGUAAUGGUUAAUAUGCAGCUUAAUGAACUGAUUGUAUUUUUUUGUACUGUCUCAGUCUUUUACUUUGAGGUGUGCCUGUAGGCAUAGAAUUAUAUCCUAUAAGAUCCACAAAUAUAUAUCAUCUUUGGUUAAAUAUCUUUCUGAACAAGAUGUAAUGUCACAUUUGCUGCUUCAUUGUAUACAAAAUUUAUGAUGUGUUAUAUAUUUUUAUUAGUGUGAUUUUAUAUUGUUUAAUAAAAUUUAAAUAUAAAUAA